AUGUCUCGGUCACCAGGCAGGCAGAGUAAGCUGGAUGGUGCUGCCCGCCUCUCUCCGCUCAGUGCCCAAACGCUCCUACAGGACCUGAACCAAACUACCGGAAACCAGCAGGCCCAUGACGGGCCGCCUCCCUCCACCCCAGCCAACCACAGCCCACCUGCUCCAGCACCCGGGCACACCUCACCACAGCUUACCACACCACAACAAACUGCACCCCGUCAAACUACACAACACACGGCACCACAACACACGGCACCACGUCAAAGCGAAUCUCAUCAAAUCGGAGCCCGUCCCACAACACCCCGUCCCACUUCGACUCGUCACACCUCGGCUCAACACACAGCUCCCCAACACACUAUACUCCACCUUGCCACAUUCAGCCACGAAGAUGACCUUGAUGGCGACAGUCACGACGAUAAUCACGACAAGCACAAAGGUGAUGGCAACAAACCCGAUGACAAGCACAAAGGUGACGGCAACAAACCCGACGACAAGCACAAAGAUGACGACUACAAACCCGAUGACAAGCACAAAGGUGAUGGCAACAAACCCGAUGACAAGCACAAAGGUGACGACGACAAACCCGAUGACAAGCACAAAGGUGAUGGCAAAGAUGAUGACGACAAACCCGACAACAAGAACAAAGGUGAUGGCAACAAACCCGGCGACAAGCACAAAGGUGAUGGCAACAAACACGAUGACAAGCACAAAGGUGAUGGCAAAGAUGAUGACGACAAACCCGACAACAAGCACAAAGGUGAUGGCAACAAACAUGACAACAAGCACAAAGGUGAUGGCAACAAACAUGACAACAAGCACAAAGGUGAUGGCAACAAACAUGACAAGCACAAAGGUGAUGGCAACAAACCCGAUGACAAGCACAAAGGUGAUGGCAACAAACAUGACGACAAGCACAAAGGUGAUGGCAACAAACAUGACAACAAGCACAAAGGUGAUGGCAACAAGCACAAAGGUGAUGGCAACAAACAUGACAAGCACAAAGGUGAUGGCAACAAACAUGACGACAAGCACAAAGGUGACAACAAACCCGACGACAAGCACAAAGGUGACGGCAACAAACCCGACGACAAGCACAGAGGUGACGGCAACAAACAUGACGACAAGCACAAAGGUGACGGCAACAAACCCGACGACAAGCACAGAGGUGAUGGCAACAAACAUGACAAGCACAAAGGUGAUGGCAACAAACAUGAUGACAAGCACAAAGGUGAUGGCAACAAGCACAAAGGUGAUGGCAACAAACCAGACAACAAGCACAAAGGUGAUGGCAACAAACCCGACGACAAGCACAAAGGUGACGGCAACAAACCCGACGACAAGCACAAAGGUGACGGCAACAAACCCGAUGACAAGCACAAAGGUGACGGCAACAAACCCGAUGACAAGCACAAAGGUGACGGCAACAAACCCGACGACAAGCACAAAGGUGACGGCAACAAACCCGAUGACAAGCACAAAGGUGAGAGCAACAAACCCGACGACAAGCACAAAGGUGAUGACAACAAACACGCCGACUCGAGUGAUAUCGAACAUAUUGGCAACAACGACAGACACGAUGAUGACUAUGAGGACGACUAUCAUGAGGACGAUGACGACGAGGACACCGACGAUGACCAGGACGACGACGACCAUGAUGAUGGCAGGAGAGUCUGGAGAACUAUUGAGGUUGCUCCGGUUAACCCUGAGGCCGAGGCUGUGGAUGACAGGCUGUUGACUACAAUCCCCGACUCAUCAUUCCCCCUCAACGCUCGGGAAGCAUGGAGUCCAAGAGCAGAGUUCCCCCAGAAGUCCGAGUGCUGCCAGCAGCCCAGAGACAACCACAACCUUCGUGCCCAACACUAUGUGCGACACUCGGCGUCCGGCAGGGAGACCUCCGCCAGCGACCAGCCCGUACGACCAGCUUCUGUGGAUGGUGAGCCCUUUCGUGUGGAGCUGUUGGAAUGGGCUCGGUGGCCGAUAAGGGCAGCUUCAGCGCCCAGUUCUCCCGUGAUCCAGCAACGUCCUCGUUUCAGCGAGUGGUUCAAGAACCCAUUCAAGAGGUUCGGUGAAAAUUUCCAUCCUACUUUUCUACUAAGGGUGAGUUAA